CGGGAGGUCACUUCCUCAUCCAGUUCCGGGAUCUCGCUGGUAGCCUGCUCGGUACUUCUGCGUGGUCCGGAGGUCGCGGAGCGCGGCCGCGCCGGUGACGAGCGUGACAUCGCGGUCUUAGCUCCAGAGUCUCACGGUUCUCCUGAGCAACGCGGCUUUUGCAAACAUGGCGGCCUCCACCGCGGCCGGGAAGCAGCGGAUUCCCAAAGUGGCCAAGGUAAAAAACAAAGCCCCAGCUGAGGUACAGAUAACUGCCGAACAACUUUUAAGAGAAGCUAAAGAAAGAGAACUUGAGCUUCUUCCACCUCCACCACAACAGAAGAUCACAGAUGAAGAAGAGUUAAAUGAUUACAAACUAAGGAAAAGGAAGACUUUUGAAGAUAACAUAAGAAAAAACAGGACUGUGAUUAGUAACUGGAUAAAAUACGCACAAUGGGAAGAGAGCUUAAAGGAGAUUCAAAGGGCUCGAUCCAUAUACGAGCGUGCCUUAGAUGUAGACUAUCGAAAUAUUACACUUUGGCUGAAAUAUGCAGAAAUGGAAAUGAAGAAUCGCCAGGUCAACCAUGCCCGAAAUAUCUGGGACCGGGCCAUAACUACCCUACCACGAGUCAACCAGUUCUGGUACAAGUACACGUACAUGGAGGAGAUGCUGGGAAACAUUGCCGGUGCCCGUCAAGUGUUUGAGCGCUGGAUGGAAUGGCAGCCUGAGGAGCAAGCCUGGCAUUCCUACAUCAACUUCGAGCUGAGAUACAAGGAGGUGGAUCGGGCCCGCACCAUUUAUGAACGAUUUGUUCUCGUGCACCCUGAUGUUAAGAACUGGAUCAAGUAUGCCCGCUUUGAAGAAAAACAUGGUUAUUUUGCUCAUGCACGGAAAGUUUAUGAGAGAGCUGUCGAAUUCUUUGGAGAGGAACAUAUGGAUGAACACCUCUAUGUUGCCUUUGCCAAAUUUGAAGAAAAUCAGAAAGAGUUUGAAAGGGUACGAGUAAUCUACAAAUAUGCCUUGGAUAAAAUUUCAAAACAAGAAGCCCAAGAACUCUUUAAAAAUUAUACCAUCUUUGAGAAGAAAUUUGGUGAUAGACGGGGUAUUGAAGACAUCAUCGUGAGCAAAAGGAGAUUCCAGUAUGAAGAAGAAGUAAAGGCUAACCCACACAAUUAUGAUGCAUGGUUUGAUUACUUGCGCUUGGUGGAAAGUGACGCAGAAGCAGAAACUGUGAGAGAAGUCUAUGAAAGAGCCAUUGCCAAUGUUCCGCCCAUCCCAGAGAAGAGACACUGGAAGCGCUACAUCUACCUGUGGGUCAACUAUGCACUCUAUGAAGAAUUGGAGGCAAAGGAUCCCGAAAGAACAAGACAGGUAUAUCAAGCAUCUUUGGAACUAAUCCCUCACAAAAAGUUCACAUUUGCCAAAAUGUGGUUACUGUAUGCACAAUUUGAAAUAAGACAGAAAAAUUUACCAUUUGCCAGAAGAGCUUUGGGAACUUCGAUAGGCAAAUGUCCGAAGAACAAGUUAUUUAAAGGUUACAUAGAAUUGGAACUACAGCUUCGAGAAUUUGACAGAUGCCGGAAGCUUUAUGAGAAGUUCCUGGAAUUUGGACCUGAAAAUUGUACUUCUUGGAUUAAAUUUGCAGAACUAGAGACUAUACUUGGCGAUAUUGAAAGAGCCCGGGCAAUUUACGAGUUAGCCAUCAGUCAGCCACGCUUAGACAUGCCAGAGGUUCUUUGGAAAUCAUAUAUUGAUUUUGAAAUUGAACAGGAAGAAACUGAAAGAACACGAAAUCUUUAUCGACGAUUGCUUCAGCGGACGCAACAUGUCAAGGUAUGGAUCAGUUUUGCUCAGUUCGAGUUGUCUUCCGGGAAAGAAGGAAGUUUGACUAAAUGUAGACAAAUUUACGAAGAGGCUAACAAAACUAUGAGAAACUGUGAAGAAAAGGAAGAGAGACUUAUGCUGCUAGAAUCUUGGCGAAGUUUUGAAGAUGAAUUUGGAACAGUAUCAGAUAAGGAGAGAGUCGACAAACUCAUGCCAGAGAAAGUCAAAAAGAGGAGAAAGGUUCAGGCUGAUGAUGGGUCUGAUGCAGGCUGGGAAGAAUACUAUGAUUACAUCUUUCCAGAAGAUGCUGCCAACCAACCCAACCUCAAACUCCUGGCCAUGGCCAAACUUUGGAAGAAACAGCAACAGGAAAAGGAGGCUGCUGAGCAAGAUGCAGAUAAGGACAUUGAUGAGAGUGAAUCUUGAUCUUGUUCAUAUUGAUAAAUGUUUUUAUUUUUAUAAAUAGUUUGGAAUUCCUGUGACUCUUAAGUUUUUGUAUAUUUCACCACUAAUGAAUUGAUUGGACUUUUGGAAACUACUUUUCAAAUUACUUUUACAUGCUCUUGGGUGAGUUUGGGAUGGGAAUUGCAAGUAAGGGAAUUUUCUAAACUGCUGGACUUUUUUAUGAGUCCAAACAAUUUUUUGUCCAUAACAUGCACUAGGAAAUGAAUUAAUUUUGUCUAUUUUAGAUGGAACUGCUGACUUUUGAAGAACCUUUUCUAAAAGUUUUGAAGUUACAGUCUGUAGUAACUUUUAAGUAUACUUUCUCAUGCUUGUCUUUGUAUUUUAUGUAUUUGAGACCUGUAACUUUUUCAUGUCUUCAGUCACACUGACUUGAGUUCCAUUCCCUUCUCAGCCACUUAGCGAUAUAAUGUAACCUUUAUUUUCAGUUUAUUCAUUCCUGUAUUGAAUCACAUAUUGCCAACUCAUUUUGAAGAUUAAAUGAUAAAAGGAAUAUACCUGGCACAUAGUAAUUGCUCAGUAAAAUUUUCCCAGCAACUUUCUUAUUCAUUAUAGAAUUAAAUGUGCUUGGAUUAAUUUCUACAUAUCCUUACCUCCUUAAUAGUUGUCAUUUAUUAUUAUUUUUGAAGACAUUAAUUGGAAAAUAAUUGAGUUACUAUAUUACUGAACAAAGUAUUUUUUACCAAAGACAUUUCAGUUCAAUUUCAUUUAUGCUAUAAUCAUUAGUUUCUCAAACUGGUUGAGUUCUGUAUGUCUUGUUUAGAGAAUCGUUAAUACACGUUGUGAAAAAUGAUAUCCAUGCUCAAAUAAAUUUGGGAAACCUAGAUUAGUUAGGCAUUCUUAGUCAUAAAUCUUUAUAGUUAGGUUUCUCCGAGGGUAUGAUGUGUUACUCUACAUUACAAAUGACCAGAAACAAUACUGGUAUGUUUCCCAAACAUAAUGGGUAAGGAAUCCUUUGUCUCAAUACCAAUAAACAUCUCCCAGUACACUGCAGUAGAAAGUACCUACCCCUAACAACUGACACAUAAAACUUACCCUUAUUAAAAACAACUUAACCCUUGUACCUGGUUGCCGCACUGCAUGUAAAAGCUCAAUAAAAGCCUGAGAAACAAAAAAAAAAAAACUUGGUUUAGAACAUGUGGAAAACACCUAAGAUGUUCAUGCUAAAUAAUCAAACUUAAAAGUAGCACAAGGAUGAUGUCUUUGGUGAUACAUUGCUCACAUUCUCAAGCAAAAAAAGUCUUAACUGAUCUGAUCGUGUCAUUUAACCUGGCCUAUAUUUUUCAAGCCUGCUUUUUCUUUUGUUCAGAGCCUAAGCUAUCUGACUAAAAUGGAAUCUUCAAGAUUUUUUUCACUUAUGACAACUGGAGAAUUCAUUAUUUGCAGGUUUAAUUGGGCAAACAUACUAAGUUUGCAAGAGUUAUUCACCCAAAGGAAUUAAAAGCUAGUCAGUGUUACUAAAUUUUAUCUUAAAAAUUAUAGCAUCAAAGAGCAGGAAAAAAAAGAAUUAUUAGGAUCAACGGUAAACCUGUUUUCAGCCUCACUGCUUUAGUCACCGGAACAAUGUUAGCUAGUGGAGUGACAAAUAGGUUUGUUUAGUUCUAGGUAUAUCUAGUCAGCAAAAGGAGCACUUGUGAUUUUAAGUCCUUUGUCUUAGUAUGCACAGUAAAGGAUAUGAUGAAAAUGGGUCAAAAUGCUAUUACGUUACUACUCUUACAGGUCUUUAGAAUUACUUGUCUAUGUUGCAUAAAUGCAUAAGAAAAAAGAAAUCAGUGAUCAUGAUCGCAAUGUAAAACUUAAUAACACUUUCUGGGGGAAAAAAACAAACUUUCUGGCAAAUGCCAGUAUGAAAUGCAUGAAGGAAGGUUAUUCUCUCUUGGCAGAACAUAAGGAUUCAUUUCUUACCGUCAAUUCCACCAAAAUAAGUACUUUUAAAAGUAAAACUUUUAAUAAUCAUUUCUGUGCAUUUUUUUUUCAUAUACUAUGUUUACGUACUGAUUUUUCAGAUACUACAGGUGAUGAAACUGCAUGUGAAAAUAUGUGGUUGGGCUAUGAUCCAGUUAUAAGGCCUUUAUUUGGAAAUUAGGUU